AAUAUAAAUGCUUGAUCACUGAAUUUUUCAGCGAUCUUUUUUCUUUUUUGCAACUUCUGACUGAUGCUGCGUCACUGAUCGGAAGAUGCUACAACACAUAAAAGAACCUUUUUUUUUCUGAACAACCACAUAAAAGAACCUUUGCAGUCGUAAAGCCCGGAGAUCCAAAAAUUAUAAGCCCUUUAAAAGGUAAUGAUCGAGAGCUGAGACAGCAUACUCAUUCACCUGCAAAGGAAAAAACACCUGAACCUUCCUCACAAGUGAUAAACUCUCUUCCACCAUACCAUCGCCUCUUUCUUCUUCUUUCUAGGGCUUUCUUUUUCAUCUUUAACCGCUCAAGUUGUCGAGGUUCUUCCUUCUCUGCCAAUACGUGAUCCGCGGAGUUUCAAAGUUGUUACUUGUUAUACAUUAUUAGCUUCACUAAUGAAAAUUUCUUUUAUUACAUGAAAACUUAAAUAGGCCUUAGUAACUUUAGAAAGGCUUUGGCCCGAAAGUUGUUAUAUAUUAGCUUCACUAAUGCAUAAAGCCCAUAAUAUAUCUACCCGCGGCAAAUAUAGGAAAGACAAUCAAGUGACGCUGUAUAAGAAUCUUUUUACAAGAUUCAACAAAUUAAACGUUUACACGUGGUAUAAAAUGUUUGACUCUCUUUUGCCUCUGAAUUUACCCAAAACGACCAAAAACCCUUUGAAUACUGCAAGAUUUUUUUUAAUAAUUUUUAUUUAUCUCUCUGUUUUUCUCUGGUGCCGCCAUGGAUCUUCUUUGUUGGAGCUCGGUUUGUCUUUUGAUCCUUACGUUUUUAUCACCUAAAACACUAUCAAUGAGGUAUGAAGUUCAUUCUGGUCAGAUGAAAUGCAUAUCUGAGGAUAUUCACGCAAAAUCCAUGAGUGUUGGCAAAUACUUCAUCGUAAACCCUAACGAUGAACACCAUCCUCUCCCUGAUUCUCACAAAAUCAUCGUCCAGGUGAUGUCACCACAAGGGACGAUGUUGCACGAAGCCGAUAAUACGGAGUCUGGUCAGUUCUCGUUUACUGCAUCUGAGACCGGUAGUUACUUAGCGUGCAUCACCGCCGUCGAUCAUAAGCCGGAGACAACAUUGACCAUUGAUUUAGAUUGGAGGUCUGGUGUUCACUCCCAAGACUGGUCGAAAGUGGUGAAGAAGAGCCAAGUCGAAAUGAUGGAGUCCUCGGUUAAGAGUUUGUUAGACACUAUUGUUUCCAUCCACGAGGAGAUGUAUUAUCUACACGAAAGGGGAGAAGAAAUGCAUGAACUGAAUAGAUCCACAAACUCGAAGAUGGCGUUGUUGAGUUUCUUAUCGCUCGGGAUUUGUUUAUCGGUGGCUGGUUUUCAGUUUUGGCACUUGAAAACUUUCUUCGAGAAAAAGAAACUCAUCUGACUAGUACGUAUGCAUUCUGUGUUAAG